AUGAUUAGAACGCACCAAGGCAAAUACCUGGUUAUGCUCAAUGGGUUCACAUACUGCAAACACUACAUGCUGAAGUACGGUGCGAGGCGAUGGCAGUGUUCUAUGCAUGCUUCUAAGAAUUGCUACGCUCAUGUUGUCCUGAGCAUUCUUUUGGUCAAAGGGCGCAAUGGGAAAGACUUACUGAUGUUAAACGGCUACACGUACUACCAACACAAGAUCCUUAGGGAUGGCUUCCGAUGGAGCUGCACCCAGAUGGGCUCCAGGUCCUGCCGAGGCUUUCUUCACGUCACUAAAGAGAAAUUGGUGGUUCGGGCUCACACGGAACAUACACAUCCGCCGUCCACUUACUUCUUUCAUCACGUGAAAAGGCAAUUAAGAGAAACAAGGAGGUCCGGUGAAGCUAAAGACAAUAAAGAAGCCCUGAAUCCAUUUUCCUUAAAAAUAUCCAGUAUCCACAGUCGUGUCGGAUUCUAACCGGCCUUAAAUGGCUUAUUAUAUUCUGUAUGCCUUAUAUUUUAUUAUAAAAUGACCAACUCAGCUAGAAUAUCGCAUUUAUGAUAUAAAAAAAGACAGCACAUUUGUUUAAUCUGAAUGUAGGUAGUUAACU